AUGGCGCAGCUUCCCAACACAGGUGGCCUAAAAUUUGGCCAGGGCCGCUUUGCCGACAUCAUUGAGUCUGAGCAUGUCGUUGGUGAGGUGGAAGGAACCAACAAGAAGAACAGGAGCAAAUCAGGUUCUGCUAGAGGCCCAACAGGUCUCCCCAAGAGUCGUGGAACCGGCUUUGAAACAUACUACGCCGAUCCGCCUGUCACGCCUGAUGAAGCCCGAGAAGAAGCUGAAGAGCUCUAUCCACCCCGCAUUGAGGAAUGCAUCCAGCGUUUCCGUGCCCGCCGUCGUCUCCACUCAGAGAUGACAACCUACUUCGACGCUUACCUAUUUCUCGGGGGGAUCGACACUGCGCAACGUCAGUUCACUGGAUCUGGUUCGAACUCGAAGACCAAUCCCGACUUCCAGGAUAUGGACACAGAUGAAGUACGCUGCGCCACUGCCGUGGACAUGAUCCAUCGCGACAAAAAUUCCACAUUUUACAACGAAGCCGAACCUGAGCGCUGGGAGAUUGACUUCACUGGCAUCGUCACCGGGUACUUGUCCGAAGCAGUGCCGAGGCUCACGGGCCAGAACUAUACGGCCAUGAACACGGCCGUCGCCGUGGUUGAGAACUUCCUCCGUUACAUCCUUCAUCACGGCGUUUGCCCCGAAUACGACGAUGAUGUCCGAAGUGCACUAGCUCAAUGCCUGAAAGCACGCGUUGACUUGCCCAAGGCUCACCAUGCAUUGAUCGCAUUUCCCGGUGAGUUCGGCCUCGCGGCUGCCGAGCUAUUCUGUGACGACUACGGUUUUUUCCCGAGGGAAUCCAUGGGUUCUUUCAAGCGAGCUGAAGAAUUUGACGCAAGGAUCGUCUUCGCUACUGGAAUCUUGCUUGCCGGUACUGACACCCAGGUUGCGAAGUUACUUGAUGCCGGUAGAGAGUUCGAAUCCGUCAGGGUCUUCAAAGAGGAGGAUUAUGACCUCGAAGUCAUCUCUGUCAACCGGCCGUCACAGGAAGUCCGCCAGCAGUACAAAUCCGUCUGCCUGCUUCCAAGUCAUCCAGCUCUUAAGCCCAUAGGCACAGCCAUAGUCAAGCCGUGCGUGAUUGAGGACGGCUAUGAUGUUGGCAUUCUGGCUGCCGCACAGGAACUCGACAAGACAGAGCGUGAAAUACUGCUGGACGACGACAUUUUGUACUUUCUGCAGCCCAGCAUGAAAAUACGAGCCACGGUGUGCGAGCUCACCAUGGGUGUUACCUUCAUCAAGUCGGUGGCUGAUGUGCUGGUGCCGUGGUUCGUGUUCCUGCCGCAAACACUCAUGCGUAGGUUUUGCGAGCCGCGAGUGAAUGAUCGACCUGCACCAUCUGCGACGGAACCUGGUGCAGCAGAUGACGACGCGGAGAAUGAAGAAUAA